GAGGAGCGUGGCCUCUUCUCAAAGCUUUCGCCGAGUUUCAACCCGUGCUCGUCCCGGUCAAGCGGCGGCGGAGGUGGCGUUCCGUUCAUCCCAGAGGGCCUUGGUUACUGUAUAAUGCCAACAAUGUUCCUACAAUAAUACCAUAAGCAAUAAGUUCCUCCAUGGGUUCCUGUACAGAAGACAUGAGCAACAUUCAGAUUAUUAAUGACUGCUGCACCGAGACAUUGUUUUCUGAAGCACCCUUCCAGAAAAAGCAAGAUCAAGAAAGAAGCCUCACUCCAGAAGAAGCCAAGAAGGUACAAAAUGACAGGGAUCUGGUUUCUGAGUUCAAACAGCUAAAGCUGGAAAGGGAGGCACAGAAGAACUGGGACCUUUUCUACAAGAGAAACAGCACUAAUUUCUUUAAGGAUAGACAUUGGACAACAAGGGAGUUUGAGGAACUUAAAGCCUGUCGGGAGUUUGAGAGCCAGAAACUUACUAUUUUCGAAGCAGGGUGCGGUGUGGGUAACUGCCUGUUUCCGCUGCUGGAAGAAGAUCCUGGUUUGUUUAUAUAUGCAUGCGAUUUCUCACCGCGAGCUGUGGACUUUGUAAAGCAAAAUCCUUUUUACAACGCAGAGACCUGUAAAGCAUUCCAGUGCGACCUGACCAAGGAUGAGCUGACUGAUAACAUCCCUGCAGACAGUGUAGAUGUGGUCACCUUAAUAUUUGUACUUUCUGCCAUUCACCCGGAGAAGAUGCAACGUGCUGUUCAAAAUAUUUAUAAGGUGUUGAAGCCAGGCGGAUGUGUCUUGUUCAGAGACUAUGGGCUUAAUGAUCAUGCCAUGUUGCGGUUUAAACCAGGGAGCAAAUUAGGAGAAAAUUUCUACGUUAGGCAAGAUGGGACAAGGUCUUACUUCUUCACUAAAGAAUACUUGCUAAGUCUGUUCUCAACAGCAGGGUAUGAGGAAGUGUCCAAUGAGUAUGUCCUUCGAGAGACUGUAAAUAAGAAGGAAGGACUUUGUGUUCCGCGUGUAUUUCUCCAGAGUAAAUUUCGGAAACCUCAGCAAUAAUUUUAAUCAUUGGUGUUUGUAUUUUUUGUUAAAAAUAAACCGUAUAUUUUCUAUUAAAUACAA